AUGGCCAACAUGAAUACCACCUGUGUACUUCUUCUUAAUCUUCUUUUGAUAACCGAAUCUAUUUCACUUGAAGCUGUACCAUCCAAUUCUAUUGCUGUAAAUGCCAACGUGCGUUGCAUUGAGAUAGAGAGAGUAGCCCUUCAAAAAUUCAGAAAAGGUCUUAAGGAUCCAUUCAACAGGCUUUCUUCUUGGGUGGGUCAAGCUUGUUGCAAUUGGGAAGGCAUAGGCUGUAGCAAUCAAACGAGCAACGUAGUAAAGCUUGAUCUUGGAAGCUCAAAUCUAUGUGGUUUUGAAGGAGGAAGCCAAUAUACUCCUGAUCAGACUAAUUGUUUGAGUGGUAAGUUAGAUCCUUCUUUACAUAAUCUGAAAUAUUUGAGUUACUUAGACCUAAGCAACAUCAAUUUCCAAGGAGUAUCAUUCCCAUAUUUCCUUGGCUCUCUCAAGAAGUUGACAUAUCUUGACCUUUCCUUUACAAUGUUUUCUGGAGUAGUGUCUCCCAGUCUCGGAAAUUUAACAAAUUUGAGCUAUCUUAAUCUCAUUCCCUCUCAAUUUUCUGAAAACACUCUUUCGGUUUCAAAUAUAUAUUGGCUCACCAAUCUCUCUUCCUUACAAUACUUGAAUUUGCAAAACAUAGACCUUAGCAAAGCAGAAACUCAUUGGCUGCAAGUUGUUAAUAUGCUUCCUUCACUAUCAGAGUUGUAUUUGUCAAGUUGUGGUCUUCAUCAUCUCCCUCAAACUCUUCCAUUUGUGAAUUUUACGUCCCUUUCGGUCCUCGAUCUCUCAAAUAAUGGCUUCAACUCUUCUUCUAUUCCCCCAUGGUUGUUUAAUCUUACUGCCCUCAUUAAUCUCAAGAUCAAUUAUUGUGACCUAAAAGGCCCCAUCCCUAACAUAGCAAGGGCUAGCCUAUGCAAUUUGAAGAAUUUAGAUAUGUCGUUCAAUUUUAUUAUCAGUGGCCCAAUAACUGAAUUUAUCCAAGCAUUAUCCGGAUGUGGCAACCAUAGGCUAGAACUAUUAAAUUUGGGAUCAAACCAACUUAGUGGUGUUUUGCCUCAUUCCUUGGGGUAUUUUACACAUUUAAGAGAGCUCCAUCUCACCAACAAUUCAUUCUCAGGCCCAAUUCCAUCAAGUAUGCAACAUUUAUCACGUUUGGAGAUACUAGAUCUCUCUUACAACUUGAUGAAUGGAACCAUCCCAGAAUUUAUUGGACAACUUACGGAGUUGAGCACUUUGGAUCUCUUUAGUAAUUCUUGGGAAGGUACCAUCACUGAAACUCAUUUCCUAAAUCUCAAAAAACUAAUUUGGUUUUCCUUGUCAUCAACUAGGAAAUCCUUAGUUCUCAAUGUGACGCAUGACUGGACUCCCCCUUUUAGUCUCCAAAAUGUCGAAUUCAGAAACUGCCAAAUGGGUCCUGCAUUUCCAGCAUGGCUCAAAACUCAAAAGGAUCUUCAUGAGAUCUCCCUUGUAAACUCUUCAAUUUCAGCUAAAAUACCAAAUUGGUUGUGGAAUUUGUCUUCGUUGCUUUGGAAUUUAGACCUUUCUCAUAACCAAUUGAGGGGAGACCUUCCUAAGUCAUUAUCUUUUAUGUGGGUAGAUCUAAGUUACAAUAAUUUAACCGGUUCACUCCCACUGUGGCCUAGUGUGUCAUAUCUCUCAUUGAGGAAAAAUUUUCUUUCUGGACCAUUACCAAUAAACAUCUUCCAACGUAUGGAAAACUUGGUCACCCUAGAUCUUGGAGGAAACUUUCUAAAUGGUAGUAUCCCCUCAUUGACCAUGGGGCCGACGUAUUUGUGGUUUGUUGAUUUAUCGGACAAUCUUUUAUCUGGAAACAUCCCCAGGCAUUGGAAGAGUAUGCAAUUUUUAGGGGCCAUUGAUCUGUCGCAAAACAAUCUAUUGGGUAACAUCCCAACCUCAUUGUGCUCACUACCUACUCUUAAUUGGCUGCAACUAAGCUACAACAAUUUUUCUGGAGAUCUCUUUUCCACCUUGCAAAACUGCUCGAGCUUAUAUGCCCUUGAUGUUGGAGGUAACAGAUUCUCAGGGACUUUGCCAAAAUGGAUUGGAAAAAGGCUGCCUUCAAUAUCAGAAUUGCGCCUACAAGGAAACGUGUUCUCAGGACCCAUUUUGGAACAAUUGUGUUCUCUCACUCAUCUACAUGUUUUGGACCUUGCACAUAAUAAUUUUUCAGGAUCUAUCCCUACUUGUUUGGGCAAUUUGGUUGGUUUGAAAUCUUUGGUCGAAUAUGCUACAUCACCAAUCCGAAGUAUCUUUCUUCCACUAUCCUACUUGGAGCAUAUGGAUUUGACUGCAAAGGGUACCCAACUUGAAUAUUACAGCCAAAUUUUCUUGAUGAAUAGUAUAGAUCUUUCAAGAAACAAUCUAACCGGAGAGAUUCCAGAAGCACUAACAAAGCUCUCAUUACUAUCUACCUUAAAUUUGUCAUGGAAUCAAUUGAUCGGCAAGAUACCAGAGAAUAUAGGAGCGUUGCAUAGUUUAGAAACUCUUGACCUCUCAUGCAACCAUCUUUUAGGUCCCAUUCCUCCAAGUAUGUCUUCUUUGACUUUUUUAAGUCAUUUGAACUUGUCAUAUAACAACUUGUCUGGACCUAUUCCAUCAGCCAACCAAUUUCAAACCUUCAUUGAUCCAUCCAUUUAUGAGGGUAACCCAAAACUUUGUGGGCCUCCAUUGAUAACAAAUUGCUCAUUAAUGCCAAGUGAUGGGGAUACAAAAGCUGUAGAUGAAGACAAUGAGGAAUCUAGGUCUGAAAAGUUAUGGUUCUAUGUAAGUGUUGUAUUGGGGUUCAUUGUGGGAUUUUGGAUUGUUUGCGGUAGUUUGGCGAUGAAGAAGUCUUGGAGACAUGCUUACUUCCAUUUUGUUGAUGAAAAGAAAGAUAGGCUUUUUGUGGCUAUCAAACUUAAUAUGGCUCGUUUGCAAGGGAAGAUUGAAGCAUAGAGACCAAAAAAUUGAAGGUAAUUAAAAAAGAAAUCACUUUGCUGCUUCUAUUUUGUGACUUCAUUUCUUCUUUUUAAUUUCUCUUUAUUAUUUAUCAGUGCAGUUGUGCUUCAUUAUCAUGUGGAAGUCCCAGUACUUGUAGAUCCUAUGAUUUACAGUACGUGUUUCUUCAGUUCAUCAUGCACUUGGAGAAGUACUCUGUUAGAGAUUAAAUAAGUUAUGUUAGUUUGUUUGUUGUAACAUAGAUAGUUGUGUAGUUGUAUCAAUGGAAAAGCUCAGGCGUGGUAUUUUGAUUAGU